CUUAGACUCCAGCCACAACUUGGACGCGACAAGCCAUCUCCCCCGACCCCGCCGUCGCAGACAUGGACAAUGGCCCAUCGAGUGCAGCUCUACCACUGGACGAGUACAGCCGGUACGGCAGGCAGAUGAUUCUCAGCGGCUUCGGCCUCCCGGCUCAGCUCAGAUUGAGGCAGUCAUCUGUGGUUAUCGUAGGAGCAGGCGGUCUUGGCUGUCCUGCUUUGCAGUACCUCGCUGCAGCUGGUGUAGGAAACAUUGCCAUCGUAGACCAUGAUACCGUUGAGAUGUCCAACCUGCACCGCCAAGUGCUCCAUACCGAAGCACGGGCGGGUACCCCCAAGGCCCUCUCUGCGGCCGACGCUAUCAAACAGAUUAACUCUCAUAUCAAUGCCGUCCCUAUUGUGGAGGCGCUAGCCCCCACGAACGCUUCAAAACUACUGGCUCCCUAUGACCUCAUCCUAGACUGCACGGACAAUAUGCCUACGCGCUACUUGCUCUCUGACACUGCCGUACGCCUCGGGAAACCCUUGAUAAGCGGGGCGGCACAGCAGCUUGACGGUCAACUAUGCGUGUACAACCUGCCCUUGUCGGAUGCGAGUCAAUCACGGGGCCCCUGCUUCCGUUGUCUUUUUCCGAAGCCACCCGCACCAGAGAACGUUGGAAGUUGCGAAGCGCUCGGGGUCCUAGGCCCAGUAACAGGCGUCAUAGGCGUACUGCAAGCUAUGGAAGCGAUCAAGAUCAUAACUGGGUUGCAUGAUCGUAAGCCGACGAUGCUGAUGUACUCUGCCUUUGCCACUCCUCCUUUCCGGUCCAUCAAGUUACGCACCAGGCAGCCGACAUGCACCGCAUGCGGAACACUCCACGAAUCAGAAUGGGCAGGAAAGAUUGACGAGACCGACUAUGUCGCUUUCUGCGGAGGUCCCCGACCGGACUGGCUGGCGCGAGGUGUAGAAGGCGCGGACGAUCGAGAGAAAAGGAUAAGUGCGAAGGAGUUGCAUGACGCCCUGAGCACAGCGGGAAGGCGAGUGAGAAUCAUCGACGUCAGACCACCGACCGAGUUUGGGAUCUGCUACCUGCCAGGAUCAACCAAUAUUCCGCUCAAUCAGCUUGUUGCCGACCCGUCGUCCAAAGACAGAUCCAUUCUUUCUGGCGGCUCCGACGUGCAUCUAGUCUCCCAUGAAGACGAAAGACCCGAAGAGACUUAUGUGGUCUGCCGCCUUGGAAAUGACUCGCAGAUCGCUGCUGAUGCCCUCCGCGCUGCGAGUGUGGGUGGAGUGGUCAAGGACCUGGUCGGAGGACUCAGAGCGUGGGCGACGGAGGUGGACCCGAACUUCCCUGUGUAUUGAGAAAACGAGUUCGGCCACGGUGCGUGAUGGGGUCAAAAAAACCCUCUGAGAAAUUUCGGGAAAAGCAGGAGGCACUCCGACGACGAUUGACCGCUCUUCGGUACGUACGACUCAAAGGAGAAUUAUUCACUGCAUAUUCACUGGCAGUUGCUCGCGCUCCCGGGGCAUUCUGCACGAUCUGCAUCUCAAGCGCUGUAAUCUACGGUCACUUCCGCACGUGCUGUUACAUUCACGAUUAAUCGAUUCCUGCUGUACAUCUUGACUUGUGCCAGCAGCACGCGGUGUUCUGGGACACACGAUACAACCUUGUCUUCCGCUGGCUCUCGGGUUGAAGCUUGAAGAUGCAUGGGGUUGCGGGCGGUAAGCAGGGGAUGCGGGCGGUGUUGAGGCGGAGCGGCUUGGCAGAGAAUUCCCACGGCCUCU